AUGGAGGUGCAGAAUCCCCGCCGGAUACUGGCCGUCUCACUAGAUGAGUCCGCAGACCAUCUCAGCAAAUUCAUCAAGGACCUCACCGGCACACUGCCCGAACCGUCGUCUGCGGCCCCGGUGCAAGAGACAGAAGAUUCGUCGUCAUCAUCAUCAUCACAACCACCACCACCGUCAACGGAUCCCGCUGCCGCCGAGGCGCCCGCGGACUCGGCGGCGGCGGCGGCGGCGGCGGCGGAACCCUCCCUGGCGGGGACCACGCACCACCUGCCGCUCAAGACGCCCUACUACACGGCCCGGGUGCCCGUGUGGCUGGACCUCGUCCCCGCGUCCUCGCCGGCGGACUGGGCGUCGGCCUUCCUGGCGCCCGAGGCGGCCGAGGUGCGGGCCGCGCUCGGCGGGCUCGUCGUGGUCGUGCACCUGGCGGCGGCGGAGGCGGCGGCGCGGUCGAGAGAGCUGCUGACGCACGCGGCGCGCCUGGUCGAGAAGGGGCUCGGGGGCUGGGGCUGGGACGGCGUAGGGCUGGCGGUCGUGGUCCUUGGUGGUGGUGGUGUGCAGGACGAGGUUGUGCUCGAGGAGUGGGAGGACUUGUGCGCCCGGGGUGGGCUGGAGAUGGUGCGGGUUGGGGGCAUGGACGAUGGGGCGAGGAAUGAGUUUGGAGAGAAGAGGUUGCUGAUGCAGGAGUGUGGCUAUUCAGAGAAGACGGGCAUACCGCGGGUGCUGGAGGCGCUGGAGGCGAACGACUGGUCUGCGGCGCCGAGUUUCUUCGGGGCAGGAGGGGAGUUUGAUGACGAUGACGACGAGGAGGAAGCGGACUUUGGCGAGUUUACGGGGUCGCUGGAGGACGACGACCUGGAAGACAUGAACUUUGGGAUCGGCAAGGACGACCUCGCCGAGCUGCGGAAGGCGAUCUGGAACGCGGAGCAGCAAGAAUCACACGCGAGCAAGCCAGCGGGGGCAGCUGCAGAGUCUACAGAAGAGGGCCAGGCAAAGGAGAAGGAGACGAAAGAGGCUGGUGGUGGCACGGGGCCUGACGAGGAAGGCGAGCAAGUUGGCGACGAUGACCUGCAGAAGCUGGAGGGCAUGAUGCGUAAGCUGCAGGCAGUGCGGGACAUGAGCGCGGGUCUGCCGGAGGAUCAGAGGAGGAGGAUGGCGGCGCGAGCCGUCGGGGAGGUGAUGCGAGACCUCUGA